UGGCCUAAUGGUUCUACCAGACAUUCAACGCAACACAUCUCGCGCUUGAAUGAACAAUGUUCCUGUCCUUCAUAUGGGGUUAACCUUGUAUGUUGCAUUGGGCACUACGGAAUUUUAACGUCGCAGUUUAGAGAAAGCCCAUAUGAUUAUUUGAUCGAGCCAUCUCAAAUGUUUAUGUUUGAUUCACGUGAAAUUUUUUGGAAGCUUGAAUUUGGCCAAAUUGAAGAGUGCCCAUUUGUUGACAUGCAACUAGUCCUACCUUCGGCGGCCAAUUGCUUCAUGUUAAAUUUAGUUCGAAGUUCAUAUUUGGUCAUUUCGAAGAAUACCCAUCUAGGCAUCUAAUAAUUUGCUGAAAAACUCGAUUCUUUUCUUGGAAUAGUUUCCGUGGCUAAUUGGGGGGUGGGGGAGGGGGGGAAUUGUGCAAAUUUUUUUUUUUGAUGCAGAGAUGGUUGGAAAUGAUGAUUUCGAAGGGGAAGCUAAACAAUCAUUUCCAGAAUGUUCGGGUACCUGCGCCAUUAAUGAAACUUCCCCUGAUUCGUUGAAGAAUACCCCGACGAACAUUGCCAGACUGGAGGAUGUGAUCGAGCACUCUAAGGGUCGGCAGAAGUAUCUUGCGCAGACUAGAAGUCCCUCUGACGGUGGUGAUGUUCGGUGGUAUUUCUGCAAAGUUCCUUUUGGAGUUAAUGAGCUAGCCGCCUCCAUACCUUGCACAGAAAUAGUGGGGAAGAGUGACUAUUUUCGAUUUGGUAUGAGGGACUCUUUGGCCAUUGAGGCAUCCUUUUUGCAGAGAGAGGAAGAGUUGCUUUCUAGUUGGUGGAGAGAGUAUGCAGAAUGUAGUGAAGGCCCAAGGAAACGAUCAAGUUCUAGUACUAAGUUGGAUUCACAACCUAAAGCAUCUUCUUUGGAGGGUGCUCCAUCUGCCCAACCAUACGUUGUCGAAGAAGAGAGAGUUGGUGUCCCUGUAAAGGGAGGAUUGUAUGAGGUAGAUUUGGUGAAAAGACACUGUUUCCCUGUUUAUUGGAAUGGCGAGAAUCGGCGUGUUCUAAGAGGUCACUGGUUUGCUCGUAAAGGUGGCCUCAAUUGGCUUCCACUCCGUGAAGAUGUUUCUGAGCAAUUGGAGUUUGCAUAUCGCAGCCAGGUUUGGCAUCGAAGAACAUUUCAACCUUCUGGACUUUUCGCAGCUCGGGUUGAUUUGCAAGGCUCCACCCCAGGACUACAUGCGCUUUUUACAGGAGAAGAUGAUAGCUGGGAGGCUUGGCUAAAUCUUGAUGCAUCCGUUUUUUCUAGUGUCAUUAGUUUUGGAGGAAAUGCCAUUAAGUUAAGGCGUGGAUAUUCCACAUCUCAGUCAUCGAAACCAACCCAGGAUGAAUUACGUCAACAGAUGGAGGAAGAAAUGGAUGACUACUGUUCACAGGUUCCUGUUCGACAUCUUGUAUUUAUGGUCCAUGGUAUUGGUCAAAGAUUGGAAAAGUCCAAUUUGGUAGAUGAUGUUGGUAACUUUCGCCAUAUCACAGCACGUCUUGCUGAAUUACACCUAAGUUCCUAUCAGCGUGGUGCUCAGAGAGUCCUUUUCAUACCUUGUCAGUGGAGAAGAGGCUUGAAGCUCAGUGGUGAAACAACUGUUGAAAAAAUUACUUUAGAUGGCGUACGGGGAUUGCGUGUAAUGUUGAGUGCAACUGUUCAUGAUGUCUUAUACUACAUGAGCCCCAUCCAUUGCCAGGAUAUUAUAAACUCGGUUUCCAACCAGUUAAACCGGUUGUAUCUGAAAUUUCUUAAGCGGAAUCCGGGUUAUGAUGGAAAGGUCUCCAUAUAUGGUCAUUCUCUGGGUAGCGUUCUUUCUUAUGAUAUCCUUUGCCAUCAAGAGAACUUAUCCUCUCCAUUUCCAAUGGAUUGGAUGUACAAUGAGCGUGUUACAAAUGAAGAAUCUCCUGAUGUCACCAACCAAUCAACUAAAUUCAACUCCUCUAUCAAUCUGGAGGAAAAAAGUUUGUGUGUAAGUAAUAAAUGUGCAGGCGCACUAGACCAUGUUAAUGAUGCCCAGAUGGAUGCUCAAACCGCUCAAUUGGUUCAGAAGGAAGGAUGCUUCAAAGUUCCUUCUAUUAGUCUGGCGCUUCCUGUCAGGUCAAAUUUAGAGGAAGCUUCUGAACAGGCCAUGGAUGCUAAGCAAAUAGACAGUAUUUUAUCAUCAGAGGAAGAUGCCCAUGAACUAGUUUGUGAUUCCAUUGGCAUACUUCCUCAACUAGGAGAUGACUUCAACGAAACUGCAAAUAUAGUCAGUGGAGUUCCAGUUGACAAUUCAGAAAAUGCUGAUUUAGUCUAUGGAGGGGCAAGUGAUAAGGAGAAAGCAACUGAAUUGCUGAUGAAGGAGAUUGAUUCCCUAAAAGCAAGAAUUGCAGAAUUGGAAUCACCAUCUGCUGCUAAAGAUACAAGCACAGGGGUGCACACAACCAUGCCAAAGGAAACAUCUCAUAGAAAUCUUUCACCUGCACUGGAUGAUGCCCCUAAGAGUUGUACCCCUUAUAUCAAAUACACAAAGCUUGAAUUCAAGGUUGACACAUUUUUUGCAGUUGGUUCACCACUUGGUGUCUUUCUUUCACUUCGCAAUGUCCGUAUUGGGAUAGGUAAAGGACAUGAAUACUGGGGAGAGGAAUAUAUAAGCGAAGAGAUGCCAGCUUGCCGGAAAAUGUUUAACAUCUUUCAUCCAUUUGAUCCAGUGGCAUAUAGAAUAGAACCACUUGUUUGCAAGGAGUACAUCGGAAAACGCCCUGUAAUUAUCCCUUACCACAAAGGUGGAAAGAGGUUGCAUAUUGGUUUCCAGGAUUUUACUGAAGAUCUUGCUGCACGUUCUCAGGCAAUAAUGGAUCAUCUAAACUCUGUAAGGAUAAAAGUUCUUACGGUGUGCCAGACAAGAAACAUGGAUAGCCUUGAAGAUUCAACAGAAAAUGCUCAAGAAAGAGAAGAGAGAUCAUAUGGAUCAAUCAUGAUGGAGAGAUUAACAGGAAGUGAAAAUGGACGAAUUGAUCACAUGCUUCAAGAUAAAACUUUUGAGCAUGCAUAUAUAUCAGCCAUUGGGUCACACACAAACUAUUGGAGAGAUUACGAUACUGCACUCUUCAUACUGAAGCACUUGUAUCAAGAUAUACCAGAACCCAACUCACCAGAAUCAAGGGGAAGCAAUUCUAAAAACGAGAGCAGCUUAACUGAUUGGUCUGAUCAUAGAGAUGCGGUCAGUGAGGAGAUACCAUUAACAUUCUCUGACAAGGUUCUGAUUAAAAGCUUCUCACAAAAAGCUAAGAAGAUCAUGAAGAAACCUUGAAUGGCUGCAUGCUAUAUGUAUUUUUCAAUUCACUGGAUCAAGAUUUAAGACCCUGUUCAACUCUUCUGCUCGCAACAGUAUGUCCAGCAGAGUACCAAUGACAGUCAUUUUGGACUAUAGAUUACACCUGUAUUUCAGUUGGACGGCUUUGAAGUCCCAAAAUAAUGGACGGACCAGCCGCUAAGUACCAGUGGAGGAGAAAAAAAUGGUGCAGGAAGGUAUCUGAUUGUCAUGUGGGUACAACUGUGGCGGAUCCCUCCCUAUAAUACACGUACAAAAGGACAUGAGCGCAGGAUAAUUUCUCCGUGCAUAUUUCAUUCUGUAUAUUAUGUCAAUACUAGAUUGUUUUUGGACUUAAUAUCGUGAUGUUGGAGAGAUUUAUACAAGUUGUCGCUCUUAUUUUUUAAUUUUUGUGUUCUUUUUCUUCUUACUGACAGCAUAUAUAAAUUGAAUAAAAAUAUUUUUUUUUUUUGGGAAAA